UAUUGUGUACUUCUUAUUGUUGAUAUUUUAAAUAGAAAACGUAAAACUAAUACUGAAUAUAAAAAAAACCAAAUAUGGUUAAUAAAUUAAAAUUUAGUGAUUUGUUCUCAAUUAGUAGGAAAAAAAGAUCAAAACAAAAUGAAAUUCAACAAAACACGGCGGAUGUAUAUUGGAUACAAUACGUUGUUGGAAUUAUAGCUUCAUUAUCAAUGACAAUAAGUGGAUUACAAUUAACAUGGUUCGGUCCAGCUUUAGUGCAAUUAAAAGACGAGACAUUAUCACCAAUUCAUGUCGUGUCCAGUUCCGAAUCAGCAUGGAUCAACAGUAUGCUACAAUUGGGUGCUGUACCAAGUCCAUUUUUAGGAUCGUUUUUAGCAAAUAAUAUUGGACGUAAAAAUGGAUUACUUUUAACAACUAUACCAAAUAUUAUUUCAUGUUUAUUAAUUUUUUUCGUACAAAAUAUCUAUAUGCUUUACGCAGCACGAUUUAUUUGUGGAAUUUCCGUUGGUAUAGUUUUUUCCACAUUACCAGUAUAUCUUUCUGAGAUUUCAUCGCCAAAAAUACGUGGUAUUGUAGCUACAAUUGGAUCAUUAACAUUACCAGUUGGAACAGUUGGGCAAUUUAUUUUAUUCCCUUUAAUGACCAUACAAACGAAUAGUUUAAUAACACUUAUUUUAGUGAUAAUUCAAGGAAUAGGUACUUUUUUUAUUCCGGAAUCACCAUAUUUUUAUAUAAUGAAAAAUAAAGAAAAACAGGUUGAAAAAUCAUUAAAAAUAUUGCGUCGAAGUGAUAACGUUUCAAAUGAAUUAUUACAAUUACAGAAAGGUUGGGAAAAUGAGAACCAAAUUAAAGAUACAUCGUUUUUUCAAAUUUUUAAAUCGAAAGUAAAUCAGAGAGCUUUGAUUAUUAUCAGUGUAACAAUGGUAUGCCAACAAAUGUCCGGACCACUUGUAUUAUUAGGUUAUAUUUCGGCAAUCUAUGUAGAUUCGAAAAUUCCAAUAUCUUCGUAUGCCGGGUCGAUUUUAUUGAUAGCUUCAUUUGCUAUAGCAACUUUAAGCAAUGCAUUCUUUAUUGAUAAAUGUGGACGUCGACCGUUAUUUAUUACUUCCACAAUAUUAACGGGAAUAUGUGCUAUUCUAACAGGAGUAUAUUUCUUUUGCGAAAAAUUGUAUACUGUUGAAAUUGUACGGGAAUAUUAUUUAUUUUUGAUAAUAACAUUAACAAUAUAUAUUUUAUCAGCGGGUGGAUUAAUUGCGUUACCAUACAUUUUCGCUAGCGAAUUAUUUGAAACUAAAUAUCGUGCAACGGCUAGUUCGUUAUUAUCGGUGCUUGGUUCAAUACUUGGUUUUAUAACAAUACAAGCUUAUGAAUUUAUACAAGAUAAUUUUGGUCGGGAAUACAUUUUCUGGUAUUUUGGACUUGUUUGUAUUCUAGGAACAUUGUUUAGUAUAUUUUGGUUGCCAGAAACUAAAGGUAAAUCGUUUAGUGAAAUUCAAGCGGAAAUGAAUAAAACUGUCAAUAAUUCAACUGAUAAAAAUGAUGAUACAGUUUAAUUUCGGAGUUCACGGAAUAAUUGGGGAAAAUAUUUAGGAUUUGUAAUAGAUGACAAAAUGUUUUAUUGUUUUUAACUGGUUGGAAAGUAGUGGUUGGUUAUUGGUAUCUGGAUAAUCUUGAUGCUUUUAUGUGACAAAAAUUGUUAUUAGUCACGUUGGGCUAUCGUUGAGGCUAUCAAUAUAUACAGGGUGGGUCAUUUUAAUCUCUUAUAGCUAAUAGCUCGUUUUGUAGUUAACCAAUCAAAAAAUAAGUUAAACAAAAGUUGCAAAGUUUG